AUGGUUCUGAAGAAAGUUCCCAAUGGAUUAAAAACACUGUCAGAGGUGGCGGAGACUCUAAUGAGAACACAGAGCCAUAAAGGGGUAAUCAGAACAGUGGUCGUGGAUGCAAAAGGUAUUCUGAUCCAAACCUUGGACAACUCAGCAAUUCAAUGUGCAGGUUUUCUUCCUCAGCUGACGAUGCCAGCCAAGAUCCUCAGAGCACCCUCACCUUUCUCGGGGGCGGAUCGAGAACACGAAAUCAUGGUAGCUCCAGAUAAGAAACACCUUCUGACUGGCAUUCGGAAUCCGUGUGAAUGGCUCUGCUACAGCCACAUCCUUCCUGUGACACUGGGUUGA